CACUUGUGAUCAGUCGUCAAAGCCUGUGGGACGACAAGUAGAUUACAAAAAGAAAAAAAACACUGAAGCAGCAGACACACUUGCAAUCAAUCACAUGUUCUUCGGUGACAUCGAGCGAUUCUGUCGAUCGCAUGUGACUCGAGUUUUCCGAUCCAUCCGCUCUCAAACUAGUCUUGGAUCCAUCCUCAAGGUUCACACCCACGUCUUCACCAUGUCUCUCCCACACUGACAAAGGCCCUCCCGCACUAAACUCGUCUCUCGCUCAUCAUAAUUUGUUUUCCAUUUUAUCUUCUUCUUCUUCUUUUUUAUAUUGCCGAUGCUACAUGAUUGGAUGGAAUAUAGAAAGGAAAAUUAUGAGGCCUAAUUAUUGCGGUGGUGGUGGUGGUUACAAUACAUAUGAAUCCCAGCAAGUCACAGCUUGGCAUUCUCGUCUGCUUCCUCGGUGUGGGUUUGUGUGACCAUGGCACCCCUGCUUCUUCUUCUACCUUAUUACUAACCAACCCGAAGCAUCCAUCCUCUGUUCUUGAGUCAAUGCUUAUGCUAUGAGACGCGGCUGUCUCUUUUGGGUCAAAAGCACUAGAUAUCAGCGCUGUGCAUGGAGGAGUUGUUCUGAAUGAAGCGCGUUGAAUCAACUCGAGCAGCAGUGGCAGAAUGGGGCUUUCUUCCAAAACUGGUGUGGGAAAGCCAACACACAAUGGUUUCCAGAUCACCUUCUCUCCCCCGACUAUUCUUCUACUUUCCAUCCACCGAUCCAUCGACUAAUUAAUUACCUCCUUUUAUUCAAAGCAUUUUUCAACACCUCUCGAGCACUGCCGCUUUGUCUUAUAUAAGAAGAAGACGCCAACAGAGCCAACACAACAACGAAAACCAAAGAGGAGGAGCAGGGCAGUGGUGGAAGCGGAAAGGAAGAGAGAUCAGCAGGAAGGAGCAAAGGGAUCCAAAAGGGAGCUCGGAGCGGGGGGAUUUAACGGGGGCGGAAAAGAAUGGCGGCGGCAACUCCCGGCACGGCGAUGACUGUCUUCCUGAUGCUCUCAUGCAUAACGGCCGCGGCGGCGGCGGCGCUCAACCUGACGACUUUAUCCUUCGACGACGGCUUCUCCCACCUCUUCGGAAAUGAGAACCUCAUCCGCUCCCCAGACGGCCGCGGCGCCCGGCUCACCCUCGACCGCUCCUCCGGAUCGGGAUUCAUAUCAAACGAUCUCUACGACCAUGGCUUCUUCAGCGCCUCCAUCAAGCUGCCCUCGGAUUACUCCGCCGGCGUCGUCGUCGCCUUCUACCAUGAUUGAUCGGGUGUCUCGUGGUGCUGAAUGUUCGGUGCAGACUUCCAAUGGAGAUGUGUUCCAGAAGACACACGACGAGCUGGACUUCGAGUUCCUGGGCAACAUCAGAGGCAAGGACUGGAGGAUUCAGACCAACGUCUACGGCAACGGCAGCACCAGCCGAGGCCGCGAGGAGCGCUACUUUCUCCCGUUCGAUCCCACCGCCGAGGCUCACCGCUACUCCAUUCUGUGGACCUCCGACCACAUCAUAUUCUACAUCGACGACACCCCUAUCAGAGAGGUGGUCCGCAGCGACGCCAUGGGCGGCGACUACCCGUCCAAGCCCAUGUCCAUCUACGCCACCAUAUGGGACGGCUCCACCUGGGCCACCGCCAACGGCAGGUACAAGGUCAACUACAAGUACGCGCCCUUCGUCGCGGAGCUCUCCGACCUCGUCCUCCGCGGAUGCCGCGUCGACCCGAUCCAGCAGGUGGACUCCGCCCGGCGGUGCGCCGAGGCCAACGAGGAUCUCCUCGCGGCCGACUUCGCCCAAAUGACCCCCUUAAAGCGCGCCGCCAUGCGCCGGUUCCGCGAGCGCUACAUGACCUACUCCUUCUGCUACGACGCCAACCGGUACCCGGUCACCUUCCCCGACUGCGACAUCAUCCCGUCGGAGCAAAGCAGGUUCUUCGAGUCAGGCGAAACCAAGUACCCGAGGGACCGCCGGAGGGCCAGGCGCCAAAGCCGGAGACCCUAAACGCGAGGCCGACAUCGGCCACUACUGCAUGCUUCCAUUCUUUUUCUUACGGCUCUGUUUAUUACUAGGCACCGUACAAGUUGUGUGUAGGAUCGAUGCAUGGCUUCGCUCUUCUUCACGGGUCGUUUUAGUUUGUGCAGUAGAGGUAUACACAGCAGCAAUACACAUAUAGUGUUCGUUGAUUCUUUGGGGUGGCCCGAGAAGCUUGAUUUUAUGUAAUGGGGUGGUUGGCGUACGUUUGGAUCUUUUAAUGGAGCUUCUUGGAGGAAAUAAGUAAAUGGCGAUGGUUGGCGCA